GAGGCGUCUACCAGAGCGGCUCAAACCGGGAGAACAAAUGCAAUUCAGCCAUGGACAAUAGUGGCAACCACACGGCGACCAAAAUCGUAGCGACUCCUCCGUCCAGAGAAAGCCUGACUGCCAGGAGCAACAUGAUCAGCACACCCAAGCCACUCGCCUUCUCCAUUGAGCGCAUCAUGGCGCGGACUCCAGAGCCCCGCUCCAUCCCCGUCCCGCAGCUCCUCCAUGGCUCCGUGGCCAAAGGCGACCCCAAGCAUCCGCUGCACCUCAACUCCUCCAUCCCCUGCAUGAUCCCCUUUGUCCCGGUGGCGUACGACACCCUGCCCAAAGCGGCGGUGGCUGGAGCGGAACCCAGGAAGGCUCACUUAGAUUCCUCUUCCUCGCCCUCCUUUAGCUGCGGCGAUCUCUUGAACUGUGCCCUGAGCUUGAAAGGAGAUUUCCCCCGCGAUGCCCUGCCCUUGCAGCAGUACAAACUGGUAAGACCCCGAGUGGUCAAUCACUCCUCCUUCCACGCCAUGGGAGCCCUGUGCUAUUUCAACCGAGGCGACAGCCCCUGUCACCCGUCCUCCAGUGUCAACAUCCACCCGGUGGCUUCUUAUUUCCUCAGCUCUCCCUUGCACCCGCAGCCCAAAGCUUACCUGGCGGAGCGGAACAAGCUGGUGCUACCGACCGUGGACAAGUACUCGGCGGGGGUGGCCUUCAAGGACUUAUCGCAGGCUCAGUUGCAGCACUACAUGAAAGAAAGCGCUCAGAUCCUCUCGGAAAAAAUCGCCUAUAAGACGUCGGAGUUCAGCCGCGGCUCCCCGAGCAGCAAGCCCAAAGUUUUCACGUGUGAAGUUUGUGGAAAGGUGUUCAAUGCACAUUAUAACUUAACGCGCCAUAUGCCGGUGCACACGGGAGCCAGACCCUUUGUUUGCAAAGUUUGCGGGAAGGGCUUCAGACAGGCAAGCACGCUCUGCCGGCACAAGAUCAUCCACACGCAGGAAAAGCCACACAAGUGCAACCAGUGCGGCAAAGCUUUUAACCGGAGCUCGACUCUGAACACGCACACGCGAAUACACGCCGGCUAUAAGCCAUUUGUCUGUGAAUUUUGUGGCAAAGGAUUUCAUCAGAAAGGCAAUUACAAAAACCACAAGCUGACUCACAGCGGGGAGAAGCAGUUCAAGUGCAAUAUCUGCAACAAGGCUUUUCACCAGGUGUACAAUCUGACCUUCCACAUGCACACCCACAACGACAAGAAGCCCUUCACCUGCCCCACCUGCGGCAAAGGCUUCUGCAGGAACUUUGACCUCAAGAAGCACGUCCGUAAGCUGCAUGACAGCGCCCUGGGACUGCCCCAGCCGCCCGCCGAGCUGGGGGGGCCCGACCCGCCGCCCCCUCCCGGGGCGCUGCUGCAGGCUGCUCAGCAGACUCUGCCAAGAGGAGCCUUGAAAGCGCAGCCCGCCCGUCGGUGGGCACCUGAGGAGCGGUGGGAGGGGGUUUCCUGGGAUUAUGCCGCUGCCGGGAUAACCGAACAGGCACGGAAGAUGGGUGGUACCCCCCGGGAGGGGCAGGCAGGCCCGCUCGCCUCCCUCUGCUCUCUCAGGGCUGUGCCCACAGCCCCCCUUCGGGAGUUCUUCUCGGACAGGGGCCGGGCCAUGCCUCACUGCGGGGCGGUCCGGGAGAAGCGGAGGGUGUCCCGCGGGCGCUGGGGUUCGCCCCACUCUGCGGAUCUGUCAGGAGCGUCGCGGGUCUGCCCCAGAACCUUGUACUCCUGGAGGCCUCCCAGGGUUUUGGCCUUUGGCGAGGGCUCGUGGUUACAGCGGGGGCUAACGCGUGACACCCGAGAGAAGGAUAUCGCCUUGACGCGGCGCUCCCUCCUGGGACGUUCCCCGGGGGUGUCCGCAGCCAGCAGCUGUGGUCCUCAAGCUGGGCCGGCCGCUCUGGUCAGCACCGUGCGCCUUUCCAAGCGGCUGAGAGGGGGAGCGCAUCUCUCCCUCCACACGUGUCCGAUUACCGCGGUAAUCUCCCGAGCCGUCGGUUCUGCGUGCUAA